UAUAUCAUAUUAUUUCUUCGUUAUUAAUUAAAAUUAAGUAUUUGAUGAUUAAUUCACAGCAUACAUUGCCUGAAAAGGAACUAUUCAUUAUAACUAUUGCGGGAUGUAGCAGGUUCUUAUCCAAUGACAGAUAAAUGAUAAGAUCGAUAUUGAAACACAUUACACAUGCCUAAUUUAGUUUUAUUUAUUUAAUAAAUAUGAUUACGUACGAAAAUAAAAUUAUACUUGCCCCAAUGGUAAGAAUAGGCACAUUGCCCAUGAGACUAUUGGCUUUAAGGUAUGGAGCUGAUAUUGUAUAUUCAGAGGAGCUGAUUGACUGGAAGUUUUUACGUUCUAAACGGAAACAAAACGAUAUUCUAAACACUAUAGAUUUUGUUGAUCAAACAGAUGGCACAAUUGUUUUUCGGACAUGUGAUGAGGAAAAGGAUAAAGUUGUGUUACAACUUGGUACAUGUGAUCCAGACAGAGCCCUUAGGGUUGCUAAACUUGUUGAGAAUGAUGUUGCAGCUAUAGACAUAAAUAUGGGCUGUCCAAAGGAGUUUUCUGUUAAAGGUGGAAUGGGUGUUGCACUGAUGGAAAACUCUGACAAGGCAUUUGAUAUUUUAAAAAAAUUGGUGGAAAAUGUAACUAUACCUGUAACAUGUAAAAUAAGAAUAUUUGAAACUCCAGAAGAAACAUUGAAUAUUGUGAGUAAACUAGCCAAGGCUGGUAUAAAGGCUAUUGGUAUACACGGCAGAACCCGUAAUGAAAGACCUCAGCAUCCCGUUCAUACUGAUAUCAUACGAUAUGUUGCUGAGAGAAUAUCUAUUCCUGUAAUUGCUAAUGGAGGUUCGAAGGAAAUUGAAAAGUAUUCUGACAUUUUUAAGUUUAAAGAGUUGACUGGUUGUAGCAGUGUGAUGCUAGCUCGGGCCGCAGAGUGGAAUUGCUCUAUAUUUAGAAAAGAAGGGCUAUUGGAUAUGGAUACAGUGAUAAAAGAUUAUCUUAAGCUUGCAGUUGACUUUGAUAACUCUCCUUCCAAUACUAAGUACUGCAUACAAAAUAUUCUAAGAGAUUUACAGGAAACACCAAGAGGUAGAAGAUUUUUGGAUUGUCAAACACUAGAGCAGAUAUGUUCAAUUUGGGAUUUAGGUGAAUAUUGCAAGGACAAACAACUUAUGUACCAAAAUAUGGGUAUACAAGGAAGGUGGCAGGUUACACCUAGUGAGCUGGAACCCCCAAAUAAAAAGAUUAAAACAAAUGACAUAAAUUUAGAAGAUGUUGCUCAAAUGAAGGUCUGCUUCAUCCGUGCAAAUUUUAAUGAUCUUAAUUUGCCAAAGUCACAACUUCAUGCCUGGGCUGGAAAAAAUGGCUACAAGAUACCUCAGUAUGAAACACAACAAGUAGAGAAACUUUUUCGCACAAUACUUACAUUUGAUGGCAAGAAGUAUACCUCAUCAUUUUGGGAAAAAAAUAAAAAAUUUGCUGAGCAAGGUGCUGCCUUGGUAUGCUUAUUUUAUUUAAAUUUAAUAACAGAACAAGAGCUGAUCAAACUUGGAAGUAUAAUAAAAUGAUAAGCUAUAACAUCAAUAAAUUAUUCUUUGAGU